AUGGGGUCUCUGCAACGUAAUUACUGGUGGAAUAAGCAGUCUAAGAGAGGUGGAUCUUUCAUUGAUUGGAAUGAAUUGAGUAAACCAAAAAGAUUUGGUGGGUUGGGCUUUAAAAAUUUAAGAUGUCUCAAUGAAGCUAUGCUCACUAAGCUGGCUUGGCGCAUGCUGACUGAAAAAGAAGCUAAAUGGGUGCAACUUCUUACUGCAAGAUACUUUCCAAAUGAUGAUCCUUUGUAUGGCAACAUUAAGAAAAAAGGUACUUGGAUUUGGAAUGGAAUUCUAAGAGGAUUAAGCUGGAUUAGAAGAUAUCAUAUUUGGGAGAUUGGAGAUCGGACUCAAAUUAAUGUACAAGGUCAAUGGUUUGGGAGGGUUUCUGAUAAGAAUUAUCAUCAUCAGCCUAUUAAUGUUACAAUCUCUCAAAGUACAGUGGCUGAGUAUAUUGAUCAUGCAACAAGAACUUUGAGGCUUGAUAAACUUUAG